GCUGUAUCUAACGGUGUGGUGUGUGUGUUUGUGUGUGUUUGUGAAGGAGAUAGAGAAACCUUAACUUUGGGACAAGUAAAGCUCUAGACGCAGACGGCAACACGCAGCUGUUUUAGAAAAUCUUGGCAUAACGAACUUCAAACUAAUAGUAUUUUUAGAGGAGUAAAUAUGCAGACAAGGGCAAUCGGCCAGUAGUUCUAUAUCGUCCAUGUGGAGUCUAGAGAAGAGCUGAAUGCCACGAGUGACUUCAUUUUGUAGACCAUAACGACGAGAAAUAACUUGCUGGCGAUAAACUUUCAGACUCUCGAAGUAUAGUGUUGUAGCUGCGUAUUUCACGAUCUUGCACAGCAACAAGAUUACAAAGUGUCUUCUAACAGGGAAAAUAAAUUGAUAUGGACCAAAACGACCAAUAUAAGCUGCGUCAAGUUGAAAAGAAGGAAGAGUUGCUUACCCUGGCCGCCAGGAUAAAGGACAAUUUUCCCUAUUGCAUACAGAUGUACAACACUUUAUUAUUGAACUCCAGGGAAUUAAGUGAUUUCCUGCAGUACGAGUUCUACGUUCCGAAAUAUUAUCCAGACUCGCAUAUCAUUAUCUGGAGGACACUGAUUGAACGACAAGGAAUGAGCAUAUACUGCACGGAAGGAGAGAUGCCACUUCUCAUCAAGGUUCUGAAAAUGAGUCAGUUUCCGUCUAUGAUCAAGGAAACACCAGUCAACAUCGUUUUCUUAUUAAGCUAUCAGGUCGAUCCUGUAACGGAGACUCUUCAGGGUCUUCUCCCGAAGCCCCUGGUGAAUAAACCGAAUCUUGUCUACGCCUACGUCACUCCGCAGAAUCAUCUUUUAAGGUGCCCAGCAGGUAUGAAGGUCCAGCGACUGGGGAAAGCAGGCAUCCAAAAAAUGCUGGCUGACAACCCAUACUGGAAAACCCUUCCCCUAGACCUAACUUGCAGAUUGGCAGAGAAUCUUCCAGCACUGGGGGUAUACUUGGACCCAGAUGACGUUGCUGAAAAGGUCAUUAAUCCGAGUGAUCUCAGCUUUGCAGAACCAGAAGCAACACCCAUAGCGUGUAUCUGCACCAACCCCUAUGGCGCAGUGAGCAUGGUGAUGACUGAUGACCAGUACAGGAGGCGAGGGCUUGCUACUCUCCUGGUCGAGAUUCUGGGUCGACUCCAUUUGGUCGAAGGGUAUUUUCCUCACGCUAACGUGUUACCGGAUAAUGAUGCUUCUGACAGAAUGUUUAGAAAGCUGACUGGCUGGGAGAAGCUCCUCCUUAUCAACAGGCUAAUCUCUGAACAGUAAGCCACAGUGAGCACGUCUCUGAUCAAAUCAGCUCAGCAGCAUUGUUGUAAUGAAGUGUUAAAUGUGCUGACUGAAGCAUUGUGUCAACUGACCGUGAUCAGGCUUAAUUUCUCCUCUGUGAUGCAAGGCCAGGCUCACUAACUUUAUAUUGAUGACAUCUAUAAAUCUUUGAUAAGGACCCACUUAUCUAUUGUAUUUCUUAUGUAUAAACUUUUAUAAUAAACUUUCAAAGAUCUAUAAAAUAAAA